CCCGCCCUCGGCCCCGCCCCUGCCGGCCUCCCCGCCAGCCCCUCCCCGUCUGUCUUGCAGCACCGGCAGCAGCGACCCCUACUGCAUCGUGAAGGUGGACAAUGAGCCCAUCAUCAGGACAGCCACCGUGUGGAAGACGCUGUGCCCCUUCUGGGGUGAGGAGUAUCAAGUGCACUUGCCGCCCACCUUCCACACCGUGGCCUUCUACGUCAUGGACGAGGACGCCCUCAGCCGGGACGACGUUAUCGGGAAGGUCUGCCUUACGAGGGACACCCUGGCCUCUCACCCAAAGGGUUUCAGCGGGUGGGCCCGCCUGACGGAGGUCGACCCUGAUGAGGAGGUGCAGGGGGAGAUCCACCUGCGGCUGGAGGUGGUGCCGGGGACACGUGCCUGCCGGCUGCGCUGCUCCGUGCUGGAGGCCAGGGACCUUGCCCCGAAGGACCGGAAUGGCGCAUCCGACCCCUUUGUCCGAGUGCGCUACAAUGGCCGGACGCAGGAGACCUCGAUCGUGAAGAAGUCGUGCUACCCACGCUGGAACGAGACAUUUGAGUUUGAACUGGAGGAGGGUGCCGCAGAUGCACUGUGUGUAGAGGCCUGGGACUGGGACCUCGUCAGCCGGAACGACUUCCUGGGCAAAGUGGUGUUCAGUGUCCAGCAGCUGUGGGUGACCCAGCGGGAGGAGGGCUGGUUCCGGCUGCAGCCUGACCAGUCCAAGAGUCGGCGGGACAAGGGCAACCUGGGCUCCUUGCAGCUGGAGGUGCGGCUGUGGGACCAGACGGUGCUGCCCUCCGGCUGCUACCAGCCCCUGGUGCAGCUGCUGUGCCGAGAGGUGAAGCUGGGCUCGCAGAGCCCAGGGCAGCUGAUCCCACUCAUCGAGGAGACAACCAGCACCGAGUGCCGCCAGGAUGUGGCCACCAACCUGCUCAAGCUCUUUCUGGGGCAGGGGCUGGCCAAGGACUUUCUGGACCUGCUCUUCCAGCUGGAGCUGGGUCGCACCAGUGAGGCCAACACCCUCUUCCGGAGCAACUCUCUGGCCUCAAAGUCCAUGGAGUCUUUUCUGAAGGUGGCGGGGAUGCGGUAUCUGCACGGCGUCCUGGGCCCCAUCAUCGACAGGGUGUUUGAGGAGAAGAAGUACGUGGAGCUGGACCCCAGCAAAGUGGAAGUCAAGGACGUGGGGUGAGGCCGGGGCUAGUCCCGGGGACGCGGCGAGGGGGCGGGAGCGG